AUGGUUAGUGCUGACAAAUUGGCUCUUAAACUAUUAGCCGCUGCUUUAUAUAAUCGUGGUGGUUGUGCUUAUAUUUAUCUUAUUUAUAACACUUAUUAUUGUUUCAAUAUUGCCUCCUCAGUUAAAGGUGACCCCCAAGGAGUAUUAAUUCGUGCUGCUGAACCCUUAGAUCAUCACACCAUUCCAGUUGUUUCGCAACAUGACAAAAGAAAAAAAUAUCACUAUUACACUAAUGGGCCCGGAAAAUUAUGUCGAGCAUUAGCUAUUGAUAUAAACCUCAACAAUGUAGAUUUAACUACUAGUGAUUUAAUUUAUUUAGAAGACGCCCCAGAAGUUAACCAAGCAGAAAUUAUUGCUACUAAGAGAGUAAACAUUGACUAUGCUGGGCCGGAUAAAGACC